AUGGCUGCCGCCGAUGGCCUCCAGGCCAAUUCGGCCAUUGUUACACGCCUCAAAUCUUUUGCAGAUAUGGUUUUAGAAUCUCCUCAGCCCAUUCCUGAGGUUGUGGUUCCCUUUAGAUCUCAUAAAACGAUAGAUGGUGAGGUAUGUGUAGUAUUCUCAAAGGAUGAACUGGACAGAUUGGCUAUUCCUUUUCAAUUCUCUCUGGUUUUAAAGUUUCUACGGCAAAGACCAUCCCUGGACUCCAUCAGAUCAUUCAUCAAAGCCAGAUGGGGAUUGACGAACCAACCGAUCGUCUCAUCGAUGCGGAAGCCACGUAAUGUUUUCGUACGUCUAUCGCUGAAGGAUGAUUUUGUGAAGGCCUUUGCACGUGAAAGCUGUGAGAUUAAUGGAGUCCCAUAUAGAGUUUUUCACUGGUCCACCGAUUUUCAUGAAGAUCAAGAACCUGUUCGAGUCCCGGUGUGGAUUACUCUGCCGGGUCUUCCUCCAAACUUCUACCACGAGUCUUUUUUGCGCAACAUUACGGCUCCAAUUGGUAGAUUUCUUAAGAGGGAUAACCCUACUAGAUGCGCUACUCGCACGGAUGGAGCCAGAGUUUGUGUAGAGAUGGAUGUUACAAAAGAACCGAUCAAAGCCUUGUGGAUAGGUACACCCAGAAUUCCUCAAAGUUUUUAUCAGAUCAUAGAAUUCGAGACUCUUCCUGCUUAUUGUCUACGAUUUCACGUCCAAGGCCAUAAUGAUAAAACUUGCAAAUGGCAAGGAAAAAAACAGAGUGUUACGCUGAAGGAAAACUAUGAGAAGGAAAAAACGAAUCUGACUUGGGUGAUUAAGGAAAAGAAAGAUGAGCAACCUAUCGUUAUAGUGCAAAAAGGUGAGUCUAGUAAGAUGGGAGAAAAACUGGUGCAAGAGAUUGGAACCCAGUCUAAUGAGCUUCAUCUAGAAAACUCGGAAAGGGAGGGCCAUACGAAACAGGUUGCAGAUGGAGAGGUUGACGAUACAGCCGUAGAGACGAACGAAGCUUUAGAUGUAAAACAGAGCAAUCCUGAAAAUUCUACAACUGAUGCUACAGCAGUUAACGAGAUGGUCUCUCAUAUGGAGGGGUUACAUGAUGCUCCGAUCAUUGAAGGCUCACGGCAGAUAGUUAUCCAUGAAGAGUUGGAAACGGGAAUCAAUUUGCAUAUGGGCGAUACAAAUACAGAUGUAACUCUUGUGGAGGAAGCACUUACGUUAAAUCAAGAAUUACCGAACAUAGAUGGGAUUAGUGCCCAGGACGGAAGAGACCCAGCCUAUGUAGAUACGGAACAAGACCACGAUGUUUCUGAUGGGCACGUUUAUUCAGAUACGGAUUUAGAAGAGGUUACGGAACAUAUUGCUAAGAAAAAACUUGCAGCAUCAGACUCAGAUAUUCAAUCAGAAAAAGAACGUCACAGGAAAGGUAUUAAAUUAAGGGGCUCAUAUAGGGUUGUAAGCAAACCCUCUCGCCUUAAUUUAUGA